AUGACGCUAGAGAUAGACUUCAGACAACAGCCCACACAGACAGACUUCAGACUACAGCCCACACAGACAGACUUCAGACUACAGCCCACACAGACAGACUUCAGACUACAGCCCACACAGACAGUCUCCAGACUGAAGCCCCACACAGACAGACUCCAGACUACAGCCCACAAAGACAGACUCCAGACCACAGCCCACACAGACAGACUUCAGACUACAGCCCACACAGACAGACUUCAGACUACAGCCCACACAGACAGACUUCAGACUACAGCCCACACAGACAGACUUCAGACUGAAGCCCCACACAGACAGACUCCAGACUACAGCCCACAAAGACAGAUUCCAGACUACAGCCCACACAGACAGACUCCAGACCACAGCCCCACACAGACAGACUCCAGACUACAGCCCACACAGACAGACUCCAGACUACAGCCCCACACAGCCAGACUCCAGACUACAGCCCCACACAGACAACCUCCAGACUACAGCCCCACACAGACAGACUCCAGACUACAGCCCACACAGACAGACUCCAGACUACAGCCCCACACAGACAGACUCCAGACUACAGCCCCACACAGACAGACUCCAGACUACAGCCCCACACAGACAGACUCCAGACUACAGCCCCACACAGACAACCUCCAGACUACAGCCCCACACAGACAGACUCCAGACUACAGCCCACACAGACAGACUCCAGACUACAGCCCCACACAGACAGACUCCAGACUACAGCCCACACAGACAGACUCCAGACUACAGCCCCACAUAGACAGACUCCAGACUACAGCCCCACACAGACAGACUCCAGACUACAGCCCCACACAAACAGACUCCAGACUACAGCCCCACACAGACAGACUCCAGACUACAGCCCCACACAGACAGACUCCAGCCCCACACAGACAGACUCCAGACUACAGCCCACACAGACAGACUCCAGACUACAGCCCCACACAGACAGACUCCAGACUACAGCCUCACACAGACAGACUGCAGCCCCACACAGACAGACUCCAGACUAGAGCCCCACACAGACAGACUCCAGACUACAGCCCACACAGACAGACUCCAGACUACAGCCCCACACAGACAGACUCCAGACUACAGCCCACACAGACAGACUCCAGACUACAGCCCCACAUAGACAGACUCCAGACUACAGCCCCACACAGACAGACUCCAGACUACAGCCCCACACAAACAGACUCCAGACUACAGCCCCACACAGACAGACUCCAGACUACAGCCCCACACAGACAGACUCCAGCCCCACACAGACAGACUCCAGACUACAGCCCACACAGACAGACUCCAGACUACAGCCCCACACAGACAGACUCCAGACUACAGCCUCACACAGACAGACUACAGCCCCACACAGACAGACUCCAGACUACAGCCCCACAUAGACAGACUCCAGACUACACCCCACACAGACAGACUCCAGACUACAGCCCCACUCAGACAGACUCCAGACUCAAGCCCCACACAGACAGACUCCAGACUACAGCCCCACACAGACAGACUCCAGACUACAGCCCCACACAGACAGACUCCAGACUACAGCCCCACACACUGCUAUAA